AUGGGUAGUGAAAAACGAUCUGUAACAGGAAAUUGCAAUGUGAAAGAAUACAGUUGUGAUUCAGGUGAAUGUAUUCCACGUGAAAAAGCAUGUAAUCGACAUUAUGAUUGUACUGAUGGUAGUGAUGAAAUGAAGUGUGAGUAUUACAUUGCUGCUCAACAAGCUCAUUAUGGGUCGACAAAUGCGCCUAAUAACAAAAUGAUUAAUAAAUUUGGAAAACAUACAAGAAAUCAGAAAGGUAAACUGUACAAUCGGAAAAUCAAUGUAAACAAUCGAAAUAUUCCUAAAUCAAGAAAUAAUAUCGAAUAUAAAUACAAUAAUUAUCCAUCAGGAAUUAAUCACAACGAGUAUGAAUUUCGCAGUAGAUAUGAAAAUGAUAAUCGACAUUUUUCUGGUUACGAUAAAAUGAUACAGUAUGAUAAUAAUAAUAAUAACGCAUAUGCUCGAAAUACCGGAAGCGAUCAUGGUAAAACGAAUAAAUACCGUAAUGGUAAUAAAUGGAAUGGAAAUGAUUACAAUUACAUUUCGAAUAUUGCUAAUAUUAAUAAUGAUAGAAAUGAAAAAAAUGAUGAUCAGUCAAGCUAUGGAACAUUUGAAAAUCAUCAAUAUAAAGAGCUAAGCGGACAAAUUUCCGGAAUACGACAUAAUCGAUUAGAAGGAUUACAAAAAUUAUCAUUAAAUGAAAAUUUUCUGUCAAAUGGUCAACAUGGAUUAGCAAUAAGUGAAGCAUCAUCAUUUGAUAGUAAUACUGGGAGGUUAUACCGGUAUGGUGAAGAAAAUAAUCAAAAUUAUCAUUCCGGAAUUAGUAAUGAUAAAACAGGAAUAAGAUAUGAAACAAAUCAUACAUCACAUGUUAAACAGAAUGGUAAUGGUAUUGAGGAGAAUGAUGAUGAGGAUACGGAUGAAUGUUCUGAUCAAGAAUUCCGGUAA